AUCAUAUUCUUUUAUUAUAAAUAAGCCCACCCCGUAAACACACACCCUUGACGCUUCCCAACAAAACCCCCAAAACUCUCUCUCUCUCUCUCUCGACUGCUUGCUCACAUGACUCGUCCCCUCUUCAGGUCCCUAACCACCUCCAACUCCUCCGCACUUGCCGGUUCGCCGCCGGAACCGGCAACCAUGGACUCUGACUUCGUUGUAAUCCUGGCGGCUUUGCUUUGCGCGUUGAUUUGCGUGCUUGGUCUCAUCGCUGUAGCUCGUUGCGCGUGGCUCCGACGACUCUCCGGCGGUGGAGCCUCCACCGCCGCUCCUUCUCAUCCUACUCCUCCACCCGCUGUCGCUAAUAAAGGGCUUAAGAAGAAGAUCCUCCGGUCGCUCCCCAAGCUCACCUACUCUCCGGAUUCCGCCGCGAAAUUCUCCGACUGCGCGAUUUGCCUUACUGAAUUCGCGGCGGGUGACGAACUCCGGGUGCUUCCGCAGUGCGGUCAUUGUUUCCACGUUGUGUGCAUCGACACGUGGCUCGGAUCCCACUCGUCUUGCCCCUCGUGCCGUCAGAUUUUGGUGGUGGCUCGGUGUCAGAAGUGCGGAGGGCUCCCCGGAAGCUCCAGCUCGGGAGCUACUGAUCAGAGUGAGUCCAGAUUCAAGGAAAGAGAAGACGAUGUGAAUAGGUUCCUGCCCUAGCCUCCUCCUCUAAUUUGAUUUGCCGCUGUUCAAAUUCAAUCUUGGUUUGUUCUUUCUUACCGGUCAAAUUUUACAUAUCAGAUUAGGUUUUCUGAAAUAACCACUCAGCAUUUACCACUCUGGUAGCAUAUCGGUAUUAGAUCUCGUGUAUGUACUGUGUAUGUACGUUAUAGGAGUAUGUAUGUAAUAUAUCUAUAGUCAUAGUAGGAUCGGAUUAGACAAGGCUUUUGUAAGAAGGUUCCCUGUUUCCCCAUAUGAAAAAGACGAGAUUAAUCAAAAUGUGUUCGUAAAAGAAUGGGAAUUAUACUUCUUCGUUGUGAUUUUACCCCAUUA